AUGGCCUCACUCCCCUCGACUCUCGCGCCGGAAGAAUCGAUGAUCCAUGACGACAGCGACGAAUACGGCAGCGAGAUCGACGUACUGGCCGCCACCGAAAGCGACUAUGGAUCCGACUGGGACUCGGCGAUUGUGGAACAUUUGACCAAGACCGAAUACUCACCUGUGCCGGAGAUUGUCGUUUUGGAGAAUGAAUUAAUUGCAGACGAGCCGGAAGCGCAAACCCAUUCGCUGCGUCUGGCGCGCCUGCCGGGUGAUCAACAUGAUGGGGAUGAGCAUGAGGCGAAUGUGCUGGAGAGUGGCCGGCGGGCGCAACGUCUGUCUUCGGUGGAAGUCGAGUAUGAUGAGAGGAAUAGAGUCUCCUUUACGUCUCCUGGACCCGACGCUGAAGGAGACGCAGCAUCGGACAAGUCUCCAGCUUCCCCAUGGCGAUUACCCGACAAGGAAGACACGAGAUCCCCGAUUGAGCGAUUCCGCAGGACGAAGAGGAAGAAGAACAUGACGGUCACGGAUGUGGUGGGACCGGGGUAUUGUGAGGUCAAGUUUUGGUAUAAUCUUACCAACUAUGGAAAGACGCCGACUACCAAGGCUAUGAAGCAAGGCACGAAGAUUCACAAGCAAAAGGAGAUGGAGGUGCAUACAGAGGUGCCUGUCGCGAUUGCUACAAACGAGGACAAGUUUGGGUUGAGGUUGUGGAAUGUCAUUCAAGGAUUGAGGACGUUACGAGCCACGGGUUUGACGAGGGAAUUGGAGGUCAUGGGUUUGGUCGAGGGCGAAGUCAUGAUUGGUAUCAUUGAUGAAGUGACGGAGACUUGUCCGGACGAGGAAUUGGAGCAGAGCAUUCUUGAGAAGCUCGAGACGGCGAAAGCUGGUAAGAAGGACAAGAAGGAUGCUGACCAGCGCUCUAUCACGGAUUUCCUCCCACCACCAUCCUCGGCCGUUAGCAUCACCUCGACCUAUGGAAAACCACGCAUGCUCUACCUCACGGAUAUCAAGACCCGUAACACGCCCAAUCUCCCACGACCCGCUCAAAUGAAGCAAACACAGAUGCAACUCAUGAUGUACCGCCGCCUGCUUCUAGACCUCGCAGCCAAUACCGUCGACCCGGAGAUAAUCUUCGAACGCUACCAUGUCGAUCCCAACAAACCCUUUAGCGACACUUUCAUCGCUUCAAUGGGGAGUAUAGAUUUCUCUUCCCAACCUUCCUCCACCAACCGUUCCGACGAAGCCAAUGAUGCGAACGACGAAUUCUUCACGCCGGAGAAUAGUCAGCAGCAACAACAGGAUCCCCUCGAAGAAGUUCUCGCCCACACGACCCUAUCUUCCUUAUGGGCGCACAUGAUAGCGGAAUUCGCACGAACCAUUUCCGUCAACAUCUCCUCUUCCAACAUCUCGGAUCUAUUAACCGCGGAAUACCGCAAAAGUGACACGGGAAGAGUGCUUGGGACGAGGAGUUUCGGGUAUGAUGGGAAGGAAUUGGAAAUUUACGUCAAGGAUGUCAUGAAGUGGUGGAGAGGGGAGAGGAAGCCUCGAGGGGUGGAAAUUGAGGAUGCGGUCAAGUGUCGGUGGUGUGAAUUUUCCGAGGGGUGUGAGUGGAGGAAGGGUAAGGUGUUGGAGGUUUUGGAGAAGGGGCGGUUGAAGGGGGAGGAGAGGUUGAGGAGUCGGGUUUGA